GUAUUCAAUAGUUCAUUAGUGUACGUAUUUUCAAUUUUGUUUGAUUCUUCAAAGAAACUGCUGAAAUAAAAAAAAUGGAAAACCAAGAUUCAUAUAGUUCUGGAAAUGUUUCGGGUCAAGCGCAGACUGGGAGCCAGGUGAAGAACAUGGCUUAUGGGGCGGCUGAAGUUGGGAAGGGAGCAGCACAAGGGGCCAUCAACCUCGCGCGUGGAGCAGCAGACGCUGUGAAGAAUAGCAUAGGCAUCAAUAACAAUAACAAUGACGUCACGAUCCCCACAACUAUUCCACGUGGCGGCGCCACUACCAUCAACGCCAACUCUAACACUGCUACAAUCCCAAAUCUUAUGGAUAGCAAUAACAUUGAUUUGGAGGGAUUGUCUUAUCCAACCAACACUAUGUCCGAUCCCAAUUGCCACCGCAAUCAGUCGCACUAA